AUGUCCGACUAUCCCAUAAGAAGAUAUGGAGUUCCUAGCAAGCCUCAGUACAGGCUGGUUGAAGACGUCGAGGACCUGCACAGAUACUGCCCCGGGGGAUAUCAUUCUCUAGAUAUAGGAGACGACCUAGACGAGGGCCGAAAUCGAUUGGUUGACAAACUCGGGUAUGGAGGAUACUCGACUAUAUGGCUAGCCCGGGACCUACACCGGGCCAGGUAUGUGGCAGUGAAAGCUAUUACUGCUGAUGCUAGUACCUCUACAUCCGAGGCUAGUCUUCUAUCCUCUCUUGGAAACUCGCAACCUGGAUUGGGAAAUGAGAUCAUCCCACGACUCUUGGAUGAAUUCUGGAUUGCCGGGCCCAAUGGGAAGCAUAGAUGUAUUGUUACUCCGCCAGCACGUAUGAGCUUGUUUGAUGCCAAAGAGGCAUCGACUCUUGACCUUCAUCUCGGCAACAUCCUAGUCCAGUUUCCUAAAGUGAUUGAUACCCUUUCCACCCCAGAGCUGUACGAGGAAUUCGGAGAGCCGUAUUCCGAAGCUGUUGUUCGUCUCGACGGAAAGCCAUUGUCGAAUGGUGUACCCGCACGUGUGUUCAUUCCUGGCUGGUACGGCGUUCCCAGUGAUGAUGUUGUUUUCGGGGAAGAGAAGAUCAUCCUUAGUGAUUUUGGAGAAUCUUUCAACCCACAGAAAACAGUCAGGCUCUCUUCGAAGACUCUUCCCCUACUUCAGCCACCGGAGGCUAGAUUCUCUGACGAGCCGCUCUCUUUUCCCUCGGAUGUUUGGACACUCGGCUGUACCAUCUGGGAGAUUCUCGGCCAGCGGCCCUUAUUUGAGGCUUUUUUUCGCAACUCCCGACCCGCAAGACGCGAAUGGUUCAAUGAAGAAGAGGACGAGCUGGAUAUGAAGAAAAAGUCUAGGGGUCCUGAUGGCGUGCGUAUGUCCUGGGACCAGAGAUUUGAGUACUGUAUACAGGAGCGUCGAGCUCAGGCGGGCCUAGAACUCGUGGCGGACACUGAGAGGAGGGCGUUCAAGGCGAUGCUUCUAUCGAUGCUGGCCUUCCGGCCGAAUGAAAGAGCGACAGCACAACAGGCUUUGUGCUCAGAGUGGAUGAGAGAUUGGGGCCAACCAGCUCUCGAUAGAGCUGGGAUGUUAAUGAAAAACUGA